CAGGGCCGGCACCUGCUGCAAACCGCGCUGUUCGUAUGGAUUGCGAAUAUGUCUUGGUCUGACUGGAAGAUUGCAAUCUGUCAUGCUAAAUCCGAAUCAUGCGAAAAUCUGUGUUGCACGAGUGCCAAAAGCUGUCCACGUUCGACCAAGCUGGGAUCAGGGAGUCUCUCAUGCAGGAUAGGCACGACAGAGAUCUCACAGAGUCUGUCACGCGAGGUCCCGCAUUCCAGACAAGAUGGGUCAUGGAAAACCUGCAUGACAAGUUUACUUACACUCUUCCAGACAUCCAGGGAUAUUUGCAGUUGAUAGUUCGGGGGCACUUGCAAAAACACGGACUGGAACGGCCCGGGAAAGCUGUCGCACGUCCAGGAAAUUGAGUGCGGCACCGGCAUAUGCAUUGCAAGUUUCGAUCUGGGAGGUCUGGAUUUGUGAUGCGAGAUUUGGAGGACAAGAACAUCUGUAAUGCAUCAAGACCAAUCGCCGGUUUCAUUUCUCCAUCUUGUCGUUCUUUUGGAAGACGAAGAUGGCUGUUUGUCAUGCUAAUUUCUUAAAAACGAAUGAAUCUACUUUAUCUUCCGCAAGUAGCUGAGGAAAACUUCUCAUGCUGUUAUGCCGUACAAGCAGCCAGCCUGCAAUGCAAGUACCAGCAACAGAAGUUUAAUUUAUCAGACCCAGACCGAUAUUCGCAGUGGAUACAAAGUUUGCCCCCAAGAUUGCGAGGUUGGGCCUUGGUACGACGAUCUCGCGGACCCUUGCACCGUGAGUUGCGGGGGCGGUACGAAGGGCCAGAAGCGCGACGUAACGCAGGAGCAAAUUGGCGGCGGCGCGGGGUGCCCGUCACAGACUCGCACGGUCACCUGCGCUUCGAACGGGUGUCCGGUAGACUGCAAAGUGUCAUCGUGGCAACCGGAAGAGAAUGCGGUGUGCAGUGAGCCUUGCAAUAGGGGUAUCCAGUGCAAAUAUCGAUCUGGCGGUCUGGAAACCUGUGAUGCUGAAACGCGGAUGAGUGAAAGAACGCUUGCAAUGGCAGUCAGGCAUGACAGCUUUUUGCUUUUGGAACGGAUUCUAAUGCCUAGCAGGCAUGACAGAUUCCGUUAUUUCUGUAUGACAAAGCAAGCUGCUCUUUUGCUGCUCUUGCAACACAGAUUUUUCAGAAAUGCAACACCUGCAUUACAAGUUUCAGCUUUUCAGACCCAGACAUAUUUGAAUAUGAUAAGAAGCGGGUUCAUCGACAUGGAGCGGAGUAUCCUGAUAUCGUUCGGAAAACGUAUCGUACUCGUAUUGUAAUCAUGCAUUCCAAAUUCUGUUCCUAAGGCAAAUAUAGCAUUACAAAUUUUAUUUCUCAUGCGGAGGAAAUUUGUAAUGCAUUUAUACAAGUAUCGGAUACUUCUGCAAUUCAUACCUGAUCGGCGCCCAGAACGGUGGGAAAUCCUGCAGCGAUUUCCAAAAGUGCACGGAGGGGAGGCACCAAUUUGACUGCUUGACUUUAUGGCGUUCUCAACUGUUACAUUCUCAACUGUUACAUGAAUUUGUCAUGCAAAAACAGCAAUAGGGAAACGAAAGGGGAAAGCUUGCAAGUCUUGCAUCACAAAUUUGGCACGGAUUUAGAUGCUGUUUAGCACUUCGAUAAUUUGUCAUGCGAAGCAGCUUGAUCGUCUUCCGGCUCAUGGUCAUUUUGCGUUACAAAUCAUGUAACACUUGAGAGUGUAACGUUUGAGAACGCCAUAGACUUGGCGAAAGCCGUGUAACCGUGACAUCGAGUGUCCGGUCGACUGCGUGAUGAGUGAGUGGACGGAUUCCGGUGGGUGUCUGCAGGACUGCGACGAGUCGUCUCGGUUGCAAACCUAUUACAAUGAAAAAUACCCCCACCCCCGAACUUGGGAGAUUUGUAUUGCAAACCUUUCCAAAUGAAACAUUCGCCCUCUUGCAUCUAUCAGCAUCACAGGUUUUGGGUCGUGAAUAGCAAAAAUUUGUAUUGCAAGAGACCCCAGUAAGAGCGGCGCUUGUCAUGCAACCGAUGCGAUACCGAUACACGCCUAGACUCUGCAUCAGAAAGAUUCAUACCCCUUUCAUGCAUGACAAACAGUUUUCAUUUGGAAACUUCGCAUCACAAAUUUUUGCAACUUUGGGGGUGGGGGCAUUUUUCACCGUAAUAAAACCCGUUGGACCGAGGUGUCGCCGAAUCCCAGUGGCCAGCAGUGCCCCGACAAGCGGUCUCGCACGGUGGUGUGCCCACUGUGCAGUAACGACCCUGACGACUCCUACUGCAAAAACGAGUGCGCCCGCAGCUGCGUCAUGUCCGACUGGGAGCUGCCAGACAAUGCGGAGUGCUCCAAAACCUGCGGCGAGGGGACGGUCACGUGGCAGCGAACCAUCACUUUCGAGGGAAACCAAAACGACUGCGGCGCAUUGACGCAGCAGCGGUCUUGUGAGGAGAGCGACGGUGGCGUUUACGACUACCAGCUCAACUGCCCGAUCGACUGCGAGUUGAGUCAGUGGGCCACCGGUGACAACGCGUGCUCGAAGACUUGCGGGACGGGUACGAUAAUAUGGCAGCGG